AUGGAUCAAAUGCCAAUCGAGAAACAACCAGAAACAGUAGUAGAGUCGCAGUUUCAAGAAGAGAAUGGGGAUCUCUUAUGUGUGCCAGAAGUAUUCGGAAGCCGAAUAGAUUCAGUAAGAUGUGAUAACUUGGACGAUGGCUUAUAUGCGUUGGAUUGUUCAGAUAAAGUUGCUAUUUGUAGCGCUGGUUGGAAAAGAAUUUAUGGAUGUCCACAGGGACAGUUCUUUAUUCCUGCACUUGGAAAAUGUGACGAAAGUUGGAAAUGCAUAGAUACCAAUCCUUGUGGAACAGGAUUUAUUGGUGUAGUUUAUCUAGGAAAAGUUGAGUCAAUUAAACCAUCCUUUUCGUCUUCUUCAGUUGGUGAUCUUUCGUGCGUAAAUAGAGAUGAUGGAAAUUAUGGAAGACAGUGUUCUCCGAUAUUCGUCAGAUGCCUCCACAAAAUACCGAUUUUGAUGAGAUGUCAGACGGGACGACUUUUUGAUCAACGUUCUAGUCGUUGCAUACCAUUAGAUCGUUGUCCAAUGUUAUCCACUUCUCUUGAUAUUGGCAAGGUUCGAUGCGUUGAAAAUGAACGUUUCGAAAUCGGCAUUUGCAAUGAUUACUAUUAUGCUUGUUCAAAUGGCAAGUUCGUUCUUUAUAAAUGUCUACCUGGUUAUACAUUUGAUGCUAUUCAUGGAGUUUGUAAUUCAAAAUGUAAUAAACCAGGAUGUAGUCCUGGCGAAAUUAGUUCUCUUGGACCUUGUAAGAAUACGUACUUGAAAUGCAAUGCAAAGCGAACUUUUGAAGUGGGAUAUUGCAUGGAGGAUAAACUUUUCGACUCAGCAUCACGCAUUUGCCGAUUUCGGUAUGAAAUUGCGGAAUGCGCUGAGAAUCCUAUGAAACAACUCGGAAUUAUUUCUGCUCCUGCGCUACAUCGUGUGCACGAUUCAUUUAGACAACCACUGCAAUUUAAUCCAUAUCUAACACUAAAUCGACAAAACAGAAAUCCAUAUAGAUUGAAGUUGAGGUCACCGUAUGCACAAUCUGCCAAAAUUGCACCAUAUCAAAAUCCAAACAUGUUAUCUGGUAUGUUGCGAGCUCCAUCAAGCAAUGUAUUUAUUCCGCAAAUGGCCCAAGAACAGUACAGUUCACAUGUGUUUAGAAAUUUACCUCGUCAGAUGAGAAAUGUUAAGGACACUUUUCGCGUUGUUCCAUUCCCACUCGGAAGCAUUCCGAACAUACAAAAUCUAGGAAUUAUUGAUCAGUUUCAACUGCCCAGUAAUUUUCCGAUGUAUUCUUUUGUGGCUUCACGACUUUCACCUUCGUAUAAUUCACCAUCAACUUUAUCAUCGAAUCAUGGAACAACCAAUAGAAAUGGAGCAGUAGAUAGUGUAGAAGGUAGCGGUGAAGGGGACAAUGCGUCUGCGGUAACUGAUGGUGGGCGCGUGAAACGAGAUGCAUCAUUUGAGACAGAAUUUAUGGAAUUUGGAACAGGAUUAGAGAGAAAAUUAGAGACCGAAUCUGAUAUGGAAUUGGAGAAUGAUUAUUUCGAGAGCGAACCUGAUCUCUGUCCUUCUAAAACAUAUUCGACCAAUCUUACGCUAGGUGUUUGUCGUCCGAGUUAUAUCUUUUGUAAUGUAAAGGAAAAUUCGGUUUAUGUAGCGGACUGCAAUGAUGGGAAGUUAUUUGAUAGUGGAUUAAAAGAAUGUUUACCUGCAGCAGACUGUAUAUUAAGAGCACUACAUGGCCAGAGCAAUGAUAAUGAAAAAUUUGUAUUUUGUUGUUGUUGGUAUUUUUUGAUUGUUCAUCGCAAAAACAAUACACCACAUAGACAUCUCAUAAAUAAAUUUUGCAGACAAAAGAAGUUGAACAUUGUGGAUAAGUUUGUUUUUGCCAAAAUAUUUUUGGUAUAUUAUAGAACUCCAUGUGCUUUAUUGCCGGAUGGUACAUAUUCUCUUCCGGGUUGUAGUCAGUAUUUUCUUUCCUGUUUAUCCAACAAAGCAAUAUUGAGGAGUUGCGCAAAUGGACUAUAUUAUGAUGGAAGCAAACAUCAGUGCGAUUAUAGAGAACGUGUAGCAAUUUGCAAUAGUGAAAAAAAACCAAUUAAUGAACAGUCUUUGCUGGAUGUAAAAGAUUAUUCAAGUCAUGAAAACAUAGAUGAUAUAAAAAUAGCUUUAGCAAAUGCCAAUCAUGAAGUACCUUCUGCAUUACCAAACUUUACCUGCUCCAUUAAUAGUACCAUAUCCCUGGGAUGUUCACCAUCUUUUGUGAUAUGUGCUGGCGGUAUUGCAUACAUAUUCAACUGCAAUGGCGGUCUCGUUUUCGAUCAGAUAACGAGUUCAUGUAGCAGGAUAGAAGACACUUCAGAAUGUGAUGAACAGGGUAAUAGACAAAGAAUGUUUUCAGUGACUAACAGAUUCAGUUCCUCUUCGUCAUUAGCAGGAUUUGAUGAUUUACCCCAUACAUUGGUAAAUUUGACUAAUGUUUCAUAUGAUGUUUCUAGUUUUGAUUGCAUAAAUGUCCGUAAUGGAUUGUAUGCUUCUCAAUGCUCACCGCUCUUUUUCGUUUGUUCUGCUGAUCAUGUAACCGGAUUCGUAUGCCAGGAUGCAUUAGUUUUAAAUCUUGAAACAGGAUUUUGCGACCAGAAAGAAUAUGUUGCAUCUUGUAAAGGAACUGAUCUCGUUAAUAGCUCUUCCACUACAUUGUCCUCUAUGGCUGGAAAAGUGUCCUUGGAGUCAACCUCUAUCACUGCUCAACCAUCAUAUCAUUCAAUUCCACUCAAACGAUGGAAAUGCGAGGAUGGAUUCAUUGGUAUAAUGUCAAAAGGUUGUUCAAGAAAAUUUGUCCUCUGCGUCAACAGUAGUCAACAUUUAUUCUUUUGUCAGGAAGGCUUAGUGUAUAAUAUCAACACUAAUCGUUGUGAUCAUGCACAAAAUGUUGCUGCUUGUGGUGGUAAAACUGGAAUUCCAUUUAAAAAAAGAGCAUACGAAACAUCCCAUUUGGAAAAAGAUUUGAUUUCGACCAUUCAUGCUGUGGAUUUGAGAACAUCUAAUGCUUCAAAUCAAACGAUACAAGCGCUUUGCCAAAUCUCACGAGGUCAAAGUGCAGCAUACGGGUAUUGUCGGACAGAUUUUAUUUUUUGUCCACGAAAUGGAAAUGGAAGUCCUCAUAAAUCAUACUGCAUAAGUGACUACUUGUUUGAUGAAGAUGUUGGACGUUGUGUACCAGCUGAAGUUUGUGGAAUGGUUGGUGAUGCUAUUGUGGAAUCAGUGUCAUUAACAAAAGAAAAGUGUGAUGGUGUGGAAGAUGGCACUUCGAAAGGAAUUGGUCUAUGUUUAAGUGAAUAUUACGUAUGCAAGAAGGGUGUUCCAAUUCGGAGACGUUGUUUUAAACAUUUGGAGACAUUUUCUGCAACAGCUGGUGCAUGCAUGGCACGUUCUCUGAAUCCUGAAUGCCAACAGGGAUUGGUUACACUAACCGAUAGUAUAAAAAAAUUUAACGACACCGACGAUUUUUGUAUUCAUCGACCGAAUGGCUUUUAUCGGCAUCCUACAGACUGUGCAAGAAUCUUACAGUGUUUCGGCGAAGAGAUAUUUGAACACUUGCCAUGUGAUGAUGGACUUGUUUUCAACGAGAUAUCCGGUGGCUGUGAUUAUAAAAGCAAUGUGCCAGAGUGUGCUAUUACUUCUGAAAAAUCCGAAGAAGGUAAUAGUUCGUUAUCAGCAGGAUCAAAUUGUGAAGGAAAAUCCCACGGUGAUCACUUGGCAGACGAAAAAGAUUGCUCUGUAUUUUAUCGAUGUGUAUGGGGCAAACUGGAAAAGUUUUUUUGCCCAGAGCAUACCGUUUUUAAUCCCGCACUUAGCGUAUGUGAUUUUCCAAGUGCGGUACCGUAUUGUAAAGUUACUAUGUAA